CUACUGCUGUGUGUACUUGUAUACCCAGGGGGCUCGCCGCUAUGCUACGCAACUACUAGUCCCCUGCAUCUACGGAGACGAGCCAAUCUCGCGCGGCAUGGGUUCCACGGCGGCGGCGGCGGAGGAUGCGCGCGUCGCGAAACGCGCAAGGCUAGCCCCACCGGCCGGCGACGCCGACCUGAUCAGCGGCCUCGACGACGACGUGCUCCUCCGCGUCCUCGGGCUGGUGGGCGACGCGAGGGACGCGGCGCGCACGGGCGCGCUCUCGCGGCGGUGGCUCGGCCUCUGGACGCGCGCCCCCGCGCUCCGCUUCUCCUCCCAGCCGGGGGGAUUCUGGAGGGCGGCGCCAGCCAGCGCCGCCUCCCUGGAGCGGUACGCCGCCUCCGUCGACGCCGCCCUCGCCCGGCGCGCCCGAUCCGGCUGCGCCAUCGAGCGCCUGUCGAUCGCGUACGCCGCGGGCUCCGAGCACUACCCGGUGGAACAGCCGUCGUUCGCCGACGCCGCGGAGUGGUGGAUCCCGUGCCUCCGGGACACCGUGACGGAGCGCAUCCUGGAACAGCUGAUGCCGGCGUCCGUCCGCGCCGCGCGGGGGUGGAUCGGGUACGCGUUCCGGCACGGGGUGAAGUCGUUUGACCUGGACCUGCAGCUCCCUCUGGUGCGGUCGAAUUUUCUGUGGGAACGUGACGGCGUCGAGGAGGUGGAGCUUGACGACGAGCUCCCUAGCGCUGUCAGGCUGGAGACCAUGCGUCUGGCGUUAGGCGGCGCACAGCUCCGGCUCCCCGCCGCCAUGACAUUCGCGUCACUGACGAAUCUUUCGCUUGAAAGGAUCGGGAUAGCAGCCGGCGGCGCUGCCCUCCUCGGCCACCUCGUGUCGUCGGCGACCUGCCCGCGCUUGCAAAAGCUGCGCGUGAGGUGGAUUUACCUUCCUGCUUUCCACGAAGAGAUGGCGAUCGAAGCCGACGUGCUCUCGGAGCUGUGGAUGGAGGACGUUAGGAUCCUGAUGUCACUGAAGCUUAGAACUCCUAGGCUAAGGGUCUUGCACAUAUACAAGUGCUUCCACGUGGCGCUCAGGAUCUCAGCUCCGAGGCUAGAAGAACUUGCAAUAAUAUUUCAACCAGCAUGCCCACCUAGGUGGCUUGAGAUCGAUGGUGACUUGCCAUGCGUGCGAAGCCUGAAGAUCUGCCUGUGGUCGCAUCUCUCUCGUUUCUCUGGUUAUCGCGAGGCUGAUAACGAUAAAAACAUGUUGCUCCUCAGACAGUGUAGCUCCCUCACAUGCCUUCAGGUGUUCCUUCGCGGUGCAAAGGCUUCCAAGAAGGACGUGGACAUGAUAAAGAGUAGGGUACCACACCUCCCUCAUAUCACAUCUUUGGCCGUUAAUGUUGCUUGUUCGUUUAAGCGGCAUGGCUAUGGUGCUAGCGUGGCAAGCCUCCUCACACGAUUCAGCAAUCUGAGACGGCUCAGCCUACAUUUGCCCUUCUUCGACGAACUGGGCAAUAAUCUACCUGCAGGACUAGAUCUCUUGUGCCAUCACCGAUACCAUUGGAAAUCCAAUGAGAUUUCCAUGGCUCACUUGCAGGAAGUAGAGCUCACAGGGUUGACAGGAACUGACUGUGAGGUCUGGUUCAUGAAAACCAUGCUGGCAAGCGCCAAAGGACUCUUUAAGGUGGCUAUAAGUUUCAACCCAUACUGCUGGCAACAUCAGGGGAAGAUGGAUGCGUUUGAGCGUAUGCUACUUGAUGAAGGAAUGUGGACUUCCCACCGUGACACACAUAUGCUUACAUGUCUUAGGGAAUCGAUACCUGCAUAUAUAACUUGUGAGAUGUGAGGUGUGAUGAGACUUCAAAAACCUAUGUUUAAAAUAAAACGCCAAGUAAGUUAUGUU